AACAUUAGUAAAUGAACCUUUGAGGGAUAAAAAGUAAGUCCCUUUGAAAAAGACUAAAAGGAUACUUGCGCCCAUCCCCCCAAUCAUUCACCCAUAAGGCUACACAGCUUUAGUCACGUGCUCACUUAUUUAUUGCAGUUACAUGAAGCACACCGCUUCUUGUUCUUCCUUCUUACACACAAACAUCAAGAACUGAUUUAUUUUGCUUUAUAAACAAAAACAAAUGUCUUCUGUAGCUGUUGUAGUGGCCCUAAGUCACAAGGAAAAACGAGAACGGAAGAGGGCUCAAGUCCGCCUGGAAAAGAGGAAUAAACCAAUCCGUUUGUCUCCCGGAUGUGGUGGCAUUUACUGGAACGAGCCCGUUGAGAAACACAACAUCACAGAAGGAAUUCUUGUCAUCGUUCAAUUCAAGCUUCUUCGUGGCCUUACAGUACAUGACACAUAUUCAUCGGCAGGGAAAUUAUGGCUCGCCACGCUUGAAUAAAUUUCGACUAUACGAGGCUGCGCCAUGCGAUAUUGGGGAACAGAAACAACGCAAGGUCAAGAAUCCAUCUGUUUACUCGUUUAGUCUGAGAAUGCGAAGCAAUGGGGUAUAUUUCAGCAGAGCCUUAGGAUAUAUUUGAUGUAUGAAGUUAUGACUAGUCGACCAAUGAACAGGUGUUUACGUCUUAGUUUACCAACUCAUGUGGAGCUACCUAAUAGACUAAAGGUUCUGACAUUUAGGUUUGACAGCGAAGUCUUUACUACAGUUAGCGAGAAAGUCCUCGAAAAUUGGAGAAAAUGGGGAACUAUUUGGAGACAUGAGGGAAUAGAAGUAUUUGGUAAUUAGCUAGAAGAUAAUGCGGCUCAAUACAUGGCGGAGCUUGCAGAUCUAAUUCCUGCAGUUGUGAAGGGCCAACAUAAGGUAUUUCUUGUACUAGCUUGGAAUCGGGACGAAGAAGAAGUAAAAACCGCGGAGAAAGACGCCAGAAUAUUGGAGGCUGAAUUCAAAGAAGAAAUGAUGACCCAAGGAGCCAAAGAGUUCAUAAUGAAUGAGUUCUCGAUUUCCAAGUCGGUUCAGACAAAGAUUAAAACCGGAGAGGGCGACUCAUUUUCCAACGCUAAACCUCAAUCUACUGCUGAUAGCCUAGGUUCGUUGCUGCGACUCUGCCCUCCACGGCUUCAUUGCGAGACACCAGUUGGGGACAGCCCGAAUUUCUCUUUUUAUACUGACAGCACACAUAUUGAAUCCGUUUAUGACGGGGCAGUAGGCAAACGUCAGACAAAUAUAUUGGGAUACACAAAAAGAUCGCCGACAGUUAGACCCUGUGCCCGCGGAUAUCACUUUGAAAUAUCAAACCGUUCAAAAUCUUCUGAAGGAUUUUGUCAGGAAAACCGCAGCUCUCACAAAAGAACCUGGAGCCUUCAAAGUCGGUUUUCCCUACCACUCGAAUCCGUGCAGGCAAGGCUUCCCAAUAAUGGAAGUCACAACGUUUGAAGUAUCGAGCAAUGCUCAAACGCAGCUCUCGUUACAAGAAUUCUACGACUCAUAUGAAAAGUAAGCUUCCCACCUCCCAUCUCCCUUACUCGACCAUCAAAUUUCUGGCGAGCAUAUUUCAUAUAUUUGGGUCUAAUUCUUGAAACUUUAGCAAUAUUAUGGGUCGCGAAUGCUCUUGGGUGUCAUUACUUCUCGAUGACCCUCCAGAUCCCGCUUCUCUUACAGUAAAUGGCUCUAUUCCAGUUAAACAAGCUGGUUUAAAUCUACAUCAUUUCCUCCGCAAAUAUCCACCAUCACCUCCAGUUUCAGAUACCGAGGCCAGUGGAGCUGAAAUUCCAAGGAAGUCGUACUGCACUGCAAUAACAAUGUGGAGGUCCAUGGAUGCAAUGCGAGAAUGGUAUACGGACUUUGCCAGUCAGUCUGAGGAUUAUGAAAGACUUGGCCAUCGGCUCGAUCAAAUACGUGUAUUCUGUGAAAAUAUUGAAGAGAUCGAUUCGAAGGUUUUUGACAAGGUCGGGGAUUGUUAUGAGAUUUCAAAGCCACCACAGCCAAGAUAUUGGGUAUCAGAUCAGGGCAAAUUUGCUUUUACCGCGCGUUUUAAAAGAUGAAACGGAAAGAUCGGCCUUUGCGGAGCAUAAAAACAACGCGCAGUAGUUUUCAACGACCGCCGCGUUCAUUAGACUAUAUUCUCAUCCACAUUUUGCCUUUAUGUUUCUGUAUACAAGGCGCCAAUUGAUCAAUUGUUAUGAACUAUGCAUUUCCGCUUGCAACAACGAAGAUCUGACAUCAUUUUUGUAUUCUAUGCUUGCAAAACCGAUUCAACACAGAUUGUAAGAAACUCAUUGCCAAGACGCAAUACAGCUUGUUCAUUGAGCACCAAUUCCAAGAAUGCUAAAGUAUCUCUGGAGCGAGGCUGGUCAGGAGCUCCUAGCCAGAAUAACACGAGUGAUGUAGUGUCUGCUGCAGAGGAAUUGAAGACUUACGUCACUUUAAAGGAGGGCAACUGUGGUGAGACAUCUGCCUUUGCAUACGCAGGAACUGUUGCCAUCGGUAUCUACGCUGGCUCCAAAAUCCAGGACGCAAGCUCCGUUCUGGAAGACUUUAUUGCGGAAGUCACCAAAAACGGAGUUUUCGAUACACUUUUCGUACAGCAUUGUGCUGGCAAUGGGCUCAAUAGCGAAUACGCAUUUGGUAUUGUUGCAAGAAUGGAUGGAAGCCUUGCGGACGUUCAGGGCAUGGUAAAGACUUGGAGAGAUAGCGGAUGUAUAAAUUCGUAUGAAGGUGCCAGUACUGGGAAAAAUGUUACCAUCAAUCCGCCCACACAGAUUGAUAGGAGCAAUUACACCUCAACUAAUGACACAUUGACCUUAUCCAAAGAUAGACGUUCGUUGCGUCAGCGGGAUACCUGUAAGACUGUUGUAGUUGCUUCAGGUGAUGGUUAUGGCACGCUCGCAGAUGAGUGUGGUAUUUCUGCAGCAGACUUUACCACUUACAACCCGAGCUCCACACUAUUUUCAACCCUGGCUGUAGGGCAACAUGUUUGCUGCUCGGCUGGAAAUCUGCCCAACUACUCUCCUCAGUCUAAUGCCAACGGAACAUGUGCAACUUAUACUUUCGUAACAAACGAUUCUUGCUCGCAGCUUGCAGCACUAAACAGCAUCACAAUUGAUGAUAUUGAAUCUUUCAAUCGGCACACAUGGAGCUGGAUGGGAUGCGCUGACUUGCAAGCUGGCUACAACAUUUGUCUAAGCACGGGAGAUCCGCCUAUGCCUGCUACUGUGGCUAACGCCGUUUGUGGCCCACAGGUUCCCGGCACAAUACAAGCAACUUCAGGACUGAAUUUUUCAUUGUACAACCAAUGCAACAUGAAUGCAUGCUGCGAUGUGUGGGGUCAGUCUGGUACCACUGCCGAAUUUUGCACUGAGACUCAAUCCCUACAGGAGCACUGGAACAGCUGCCGCUGGAACUAAUGGGCGCAUCUCAAAUUGCGGAACGGAAAUUAUUGUUGGAGACCCUCCUGCCGAGUUCAAAAAAGUGGGAUACUGGGAGGGCUACAAUUUUGACUGCCCUUGUUUGAACAAACCCAUAACCAGCAUCAACACCACAGCUGGAUAUACGCAUGUUCAUCUUGCUUUUGCAACUAUUACAACGGACUUUGAAGUUGAUGUCAGCUCCAUCCAAGAAGAAUUCUCUGACUUUCUCGGCAUGUCAGGACUCGGGUUCAAACGAAUUCUCUCUUUCGGCGGAUGGGACUUCUCUACCAAUGUCGCCACUUAUCAGAUCUUUCGUGAUGCUAUGGCACCUGCGAAUUCAAAAACACUUGCCGUCAAUGUUGCAGCAUUUGUAAAGAAAUACGAUCUGGAUGGCGUUGAUUCCGACUAGGAGUAUCCUGGAGAGCCAGAUAUUCCAGGAAUCCCUACUAGAAGCUUGGACGAUGGUGUCAAUUAUGUGAGGGUUUUCAAUGAACUGGCUGCCGUUCUUCCAGCUGGAACUAGCCAAUCAGUUACAGCAUCAACCUCAUACUGGUAUCUCGCACCAUUUCUGAUUCUGGAGAUAAGAUUAAUAGUUAAUUAUGUUAUUUAUAUGACCUAUGAUCUUCACGGCCAGUGGGACUAUGGCAGCGCAUUUUCAGACGCCAGCUGUCCAGCUGGCAAUUGCCUUCGCUCUAGGGGUAAUUUGACUGAGACUUUAGAUUCAUUAUCUAUGAUCACAAAAGCUGGGGUUGAAUCAAAUAAGGUUAUUGUGGGAGUUACUAGUUAUGGGCGCUCUUUCCAAAUGACAACCCCAGGUUGCUAUUUAGAUUCUUGUACCUACACUGGGCCGACUUCUGAUGCAUACGCCGGAGCUUGUACACAGACACCAGGUAUGUUAAUAUAUUGAAUUCCCUAUUAGCCACUGGCAGGCUUCGAUUCAACUAACAUUUACGUUGAAGGGUAUAUAGCAAACGCCGAAAUCGACAGCAUUAUUAGUCGGAAUGCAACCGUCUUGAGCACAGAUGGCUCAUCUGUUGGAGUUACCGGCACUCCUUUUGUCCACCUUGAUGAUAGUUAUUCAAAUAUCGUUGUGUAUAACGAUGAUCAGUGGAUAAGCUACAUGAAUGAUGCUAACAAAAUUGUCCGAACCGCUUUAUAUCGGCAUUACAACUUUGGCGGAACCGCAGACUGGGCGGUCGAUCUCCAAUCAUACGAUGAAGAUAAUGGAAGCGGCAGUGAUGGAAGCUCGAUAGUCUAUGUCGAUCAAUCUAUUUGGACGGAUGGACUCAGUAGCACUGGUGUUGGAGCUAGUGGUGGAACCAUUGGAACCAGCGACAACUUGUCGUUAACCUGCGAGCCUCCUUGCAUUGUUGUUCUUCCCCAUUUCCACUGGGAACAACCACCAUUGUUAGUUGGCCUCUUUUGACUACGAAUUUUCUAUCGUUUUCCGCUGGACAACUCCAAACAGUAACCUUAACAAUUAGCGUUCCACCAUUUGCGAUAUUAGAGGUCGACUUCCAGGCGAUCACAUUGGAUGUGACUCAGAGUUCGUCUUAUACAAUUUUCCCAUACAAAGUGUCAUGCCAUCCUCAUUUAUAUAUACCCUCCUUGCGUUUCAGCAGACAUUCUUCCCAACUGCAAUUCCUACAACCUAUGGCGUCGCAGCGGGCCGGAAUGGAGAAACUGCUUCGGCAUCUGCUACGGCUUCAAGCUCAAGCUCAAGCUCGAGCACUGCCGUAGCUGCUGUCAUUUAGUACUCGACACCACAUAUAAUCACUAUCCAGCCAAUGCCAACAGUCGGUCAUUCUUCCCCCACUAACAAGAAAUAUCCCUUCCGUCACAGUCUCAAGUGGCAAGCCCAACCAACAACGUCUACGGCUCGGCAUGGAACUCGUCAAUGUGAAAUCUUCGGAUGCAAACCAUACUGCGGAUUGUUUGGUUGUGAUGGUGGCUGCGGUCUAUUUGGAUGCACAGGGGACUGCCCCCUUGAUUUAUGUGGAGGUCUUGGCUGUACUGGAGGAGCAUAUAGAUCUACUGGGUCCGACAACAACAAUAAUGAUGAUUGUAGUGAUUCUGUUACAGCCUCAGCUUGUACGGUCAUUAUUAGUAGUUGGAGUUAUUCGCCAAUGACGGAGUAUUCUACAACAACGAAGGUAUGUCACUUACCCAUUCUACUGUAGACAAAUGGCUGAUGAUUGCGCUAGACUGAAUGCGAGGAAACUGUCGCAUGCACCGCUGAAGACACAAGAACAACCACCACCGCAACAAAAGGUUAUCCUGUAACAACUGCAAGCAUGACUGGCUUCUACGAUUCGGAUCCCACAUCUAUAAACACCAAAUAUGAUGCUAUCGCUUCUUCUAUAAUUCAAGCCGGAUUGAAAUAUUACGGCUUGUUACAAUCGACGAGCACAACAAUGGCGACCGCGUCACCCACUGCUAAAAUCUCUACCGUCACCUCUGAUAUAGUAACGGCACCAACACCAGAAACAAUCGUUCCUCAAGCAGUCUGUAUCUUGAUCACCAAUAUCCUGUGGUAUAAUGUUCAAAUAAUUACCAACGGUUUCGAAACAGAUUCGGGGGCGGCCAUUAAAAAGCAAGAAGGUGGUUGUGGUGAUCUACUAAGCUGGGAAGCAACCAAUGUCUCUAUUCCUGAAGGAUUUGCUACUUGGACGGGGACAAGGGAAUAUUCUUUUACACUGCCACUUACCAUCAAGGCUGGGUAUGUAGAGGGCUAUUGCUAGUGCCGGAGGCCCUAGUGGAUUAUCUUGUGAUAAUGUUUUGUAAUAGCUCUUAAUCUGAUUGUAAUGAGGAAAUGGGCAGAAUGUUUUAGUACAUAUGAUUGUAUCGGUUUCUUGUAUACUUUAAUCAAAGAACUGUAAUUGAAUCUAUGUAGACUAACUCACGGAUGGG